AUGAGUCGAGCCAAUAGUAAGGCAGCAUUGAAGGCGCCCUUGCAUGCUCUUGAGGUUGACGAUGGCAGCAGUGAACAAAAGAUUGAGGCCCUUCAAGAACAACUUGCCGUUAUCAAUCAAACACUUGCGCAAAUCACACAGUCUUCAGCUCCCAGUGCUGCUGGCUCGGUUUCCGUUCCCGAAUCAUCUACUCAUGCCACACUACCAUUCGAAGGGCAGUCAUCCUUCCAUCAUGAGACACUGCUUGCUAAGGAUGCGGCGCUGUCAGCCAUCUCUACGUCCCACAACAGUGGACUAAAUGAUCAUGUGUCCGCUGUCCUGUCGUCUUUGAAGAAUAGCCUCACGGAGGAACCUUUGUCUCCCAAUGGCUGUCCGACAGAGCCAGGUUUACCGUCAUCAUCACAAGACCCAAGACCAUUACUACCAGUAGAUCUGGUUGUCGCGGUGGUCAGGGCUGUAAAAGCAAAACCUCCUUUUUUUCUUGUCAGCCAUUCCUGGAGAGACCUUCUCCAAGUCGAAUCUCUAUGCCAAUCCAUCUACUUCCCAAUAAACCCGGUCCCUGCGGGUUCUUUGACUCUAUUGUAUGGGCUUCUCUAUUAUAUCAUUCGUGAUUAUCUUCAUGAGGGACAUCCAGACCUCGCGCGAUAUGACCUGCCGUCCAGUGCAAAGGUUUGCGAGCGUCGCUUCUAUCUGGGCUUAAACAGCGAUGAGCUCAUGGCGGACCCGACAAUCGAAAAGAUCCAAGCACUUUUGAUUGGGAUAAUCAAAGCCCAGGAAGAGUUUGAUAUUCAGCGUUGCUGGACAUAUCUAUCUCUUGCGUUCAACAUGUGCCAGACUAUUGGUUUACAUAGGAAUUCUACUACCAACGGUGACCCAUCUACCCUCGCCGAGACGAAGCGACAUGCCUUUUGGUUGCUCUAUACCAUUGAUAAGAACAUAUCACUGAAUCUGGGGUUCACGUCACACUUCCAAGAUCAUGAUAUAGACGCAGACCUCUUUGCUCCCUCAGAUCAUCACCAAUAUCGUUCAUGGGACCUAAUGACCCUCGUCACUGCCGAGUUUGCGACAAUCCAAGGAAGGGUCUAUGAUGAACUUUACUCUAUUUCCGCUUCCAGGGCCAGCGAUGAGAAGAGAUUGAAUUCUAUUGAGAAGCUGUCUCUUGAUCUGAUUGCUGUUCGAGACAAACUGCUAGCGAUUGAUGUCAGCGCGGGCCUUUAUGCAGAUUCACUGCAUGGCAUGGCUGCAUGUGCCGAUUUCAUUACCUACUCGGUACUGACGGUUAUCUAUCGAGCCGAAACACGUCCUCGAAAUGCCAUGGCAAUCUCAUCCCGAUGCUACGAGGCUGCCACACUAGCUUUGCAUAGCCACCUGAAAUGCUUCACCUAUUUCCGCGGCCGCCAAACCCAUAAGCAAAUUGAAUACGUUCACUGGAUUCUACUUUAUCCAUCAUUUGCGCCGUUUGUGAUUGUCUUCACCCAUGCGAUUACCACUGCCAGCAACGCCGACCUUACUCUCCUCCAGGAGACGGUCAAGUCUCUCGAUCUCAUCAAGGGGCUAUCACGUGGAUCGAGGCAUCUGUAUACAAUUUGUGAUGCUUUUGCCAGAGCGGCACAAGUUCUUGUGGAGUCUCAGCAGACUCUGAUGGGUCUGGAACAACACCAGGAUGGCUCGCUCGUCAUUCCCACUACGAUAGAUGGCCCAGCCAACAUUUCUCUGCCAAACGUGCCGUGGCCGGAAGAUACAUUCGACUCUACUAUGAGCCAGGAAGACAUAUCCAUGUUUCUGAACGACUUCAUCGGGGCAAACCGAUCGGUCAUGGAUAUAUUGAAUUCUAAUUACAUGAGCGACACUUUAGGCUAA